AUGAAACGAUCAUGGGAGUUUUAUAAUCUGUCAUGGUAUGAGGCCACAAACCCUAAACAGCUCUAUUUUUCUUACUUCCGAUCCUGUUAUCAGUUUUUCCUCUCCAUCAUGUCUUCUACACCUAUUCACCCCACAGUCACCGUCUCUAAUAUCAAAACUUUCAUCCCCAUAACCCUAGAUGUUGAAUCUGGCCAUUACACCACUUGGUCAGAACUUUUUAAAAUUCAUUGUAAGGCUUUUCAAGCAUUUGAUCACAUUCAGUCUCCUGUUACUUCUACCUCUACCUCUACCUCUACCUCUGACAAAAAUAAAGAUAAAGACAAAGACAAAACACUACCAACUGAAUCAUGGGAGCGUCUUGACUCCAUUGUCUUACAAUGGAUCUAUGGCACCAUCUCCAUUGAUCUUCUUCACACCAUUUUAAAGACAGACACCACCGCCUUUGACGCGUGGACUGCUCUUGCCAAUCUUUUCCAAGAUAAUAAGGCUACUCGUGCCAUUGAUCUCAACAACAAAUUUGCCACUACCCGAUUAGACCAAUUCAUCACUAUGUCGGCAUAUUGCCAAGCUAUGAAGGUCAUUUUUGACCAAUUAUCCAAUGUCGGCUCCCCCGUUACUGAAGAACAAUUGGUUCUACAAAUCCUCACUGGCCUAAAUGAACAAUAUGAAAAUGCUGCUGAUUCUAUUCAGCAAACCAAACCCCUGCCAAAUUUUUAUGAGACAAGAUCCAGGUUAUGCAUGACUGAAACUCGGAAAAACAAUCAAGCACGUCAAGCUGCUACCACUGCUGGCACUGCCCUUCUUACUGCUACUGAUCGCACCGAUACUCAAUCGCAGCGCCAAGAAUCUCACACAGAACAAGCAGACCGCGGUCGCGGCCGUGGCAGAGGCUGUGGUAGGGGAAGGGGACGAGGUGCCUCUUCACGAGGUCGUGGUUCCUAA